CAAGUUUCUUCUCUUACCAUAACUCAGUUUCUCGUUUCUACUUUCAAAUUCUUCCUCCUACAGGUUUUGGUUUGACUUAAUCGAAGUCUUAAGCAACAAGAUGUCUGGCCGUGGAAAAGGAGGCAAAGGUUUGGGAAAGGGAGGAGCGAAACGACACCGUAAGGUGUUGCGUGAUAACAUUCAGGGAAUUACGAAGCCAGCGAUUCGGCGUUUGGCUCGUAGGGGUGGCGUGAAGCGUAUUAGCGGUUUGAUCUACGAGGAGACUCGAGGGGUUCUGAAGAUCUUUUUGGAGAAUGUGAUUCGUGACGCCGUUACUUACACGGAGCACGCUAGAAGGAAGACCGUCACUGCCAUGGAUGUUGUCUAUGCACUCAAGAGGCAGGGAAGGACCCUCUAUGGAUUUGGGGGUUAGGGUUUUCGUUUUCUAUGCUUUCUUGCCUCUGCGAUUUUUCUUGGUGAGGAGAAGUCUUGCUGUCAAGAAAGAAAUUGCAACGAUUGGGCCUCAUGGGCUGGAUUGGAUUGUUAGUGCUGUUUGGAGUAAGAGAAAAAAACAAAUUAGGAGCAUGCUUUGUGUUAUAGGUAGUUUGCUAGCUCGUGGCAAAUCAGUGAUGUAACUAUUCUGUUGCAAUGU